AUGUUCUUCGCUUCUCUGCUGCUCGGUCUCCUGGCGGGCGUGUCCGCUUCACCGGGACACGGGCGGAAUUCCACCUUCUACAACCCCAUCUUCCCCGGCUUCUACCCCGAUCCGAGCUGCAUCUACGUGCCCGAGCGUGACCACACCUUCUUCUGUGCCUCGUCGAGCUUCAACGCCUUCCCGGGCAUCCCGAUUCAUGCCAGCAAGGACCUGCAGAACUGGAAGUUGAUCGGCCAUGUGCUGAAUCGCAAGGAACAGCUUCCCCGGCUCGCUGAGACCAACCGGUCGACCAGCGGCAUCUGGGCACCCACCCUCCGGUUCCAUGACGACACCUUCUGGUUGGUCACCACACUAGUGGACGACGACCGGCCGCAGGAGGACGCUUCCAGAUGGGACAAUAUUAUCUUCAAGGCAAAGAAUCCGUAUGAUCCGAGGUCCUGGUCCAAGGCCGUCCACUUCAACUUCACUGGCUACGACACGGAGCCUUUCUGGGACGAAGAUGGAAAGGUGUACAUCACCGGCGCCCAUGCUUGGCAUGUUGGCCCAUACAUCCAGCAGGCCGAAGUCGAUCUCGACACGGGGGCCGUCGGCGAGUGGCGCAUCAUCUGGAACGGAACGGGCGGCAUGGCUCCUGAAGGGCCGCACAUCUACCGCAAAGAUGGGUGGUACUACUUGCUGGCUGCUGAAGGGGGGACCGGCAUCGACCAUAUGGUGACCAUGGCCCGGUCGAGAAAAAUCUCCAGUCCUUACGAGUCCAACCCAAACAACCCCGUGUUGACCAACGCCAACACGACCAGUUACUUUCAAACCGUCGGGCAUUCAGACCUGUUCCAUGACAGACAUGGGAACUGGUGGGCAGUCGCCCUCUCCACCCGCUCCGGUCCAGAAUAUCUUCACUACCCCAUGGGCCGCGAGACCGUCAUGACAGCCGUGAGCUGGCCGAAGGACGAGUGGCCAACCUUCACCCCCAUAUCUGGCAAGAUGAGCGGCUGGCCGAUGCCUCCUUCGCAGAAGGACAUUCGCGGAGUCGGCCCCUACGUCAACUCCCCCGACCCGGAACACCUGACCUUCCCCCGCUCGGCGCCCCUGCCGGCCCACCUCACCUACUGGCGAUACCCGAACCCGUCCUCCUACACGCCGUCCCCGCCCGGGCACCCCAACACCCUCCGCCUGACCCCGUCCCGCCUGAACCUGACCGCCCUCAACGGCAACUACGCGGGGGCCGACCAGACCUUCGUCUCGCGCCGGCAGCAGCACACCCUCUUCACCUACAGCGUCACGCUCGACUACGCGCCGCGGACCGCCGGGGAGGAGGCCGGCGUGACCGCCUUCCUGACGCAGAACCACCACCUCGACCUGGGCGUCGUCCUGCUCCCUCGCGGCUCCGCCACCGCGCCCUCGCUGCCGGGCCUGAGUAGUAAGGAAGAAGAGGGCGGACAAGACUUGAUGAUCCCGCAUGUGCGGUUCAGGGGCGAGUCGUACGUGCCCGUCCCGGCGCCCGUCGUGUACCCGAUACCCCGGGCCUGGAGAGGCGGGAAGCUUGUGUUAGAGAUCCGGGCUUGUAAUUCGACUCACUUCUCGUUCCGUGUCGGGCCGGACGGGAGACGGUCUGAGCGGACGGUGGUCAUGGAGGCUUCGAACGAGGCCGUUAGCUGGGGCUUUACUGGAACGCUGCUGGGCAUCUAUGCGACCAGUAAUGGUGGCAACGGAACCACGCCGGCGUAUUUUUCGGAUUGGAGGUACACACCAUUGGAGCAGUUUAGGGAUUGA